CGCGUUCUCACUUUGCAAUUUCGACGACGCUUCCUUUCUCAUUUUUCUCUCUCUAAAAUCAUCUCAUAAGGUACGGCCGCGCUUUUCCUGGUCGGCAUAGAGUUCUUAUAUUUGUUUAUAUGCGUGUAUAAAUAUAUUUUUCUGGGUUUUUCAUUUCGGAUUUUUUCAUUUGGUUCAGAGAAGUCGAAGAUAACAGCGUUGACCGGGUUAAAUCUGUGCUUACUUUGACGAUCUAACUCAAUUAGGUGAGCAAUUCUUGUGAUUCUUGCUGAUUAUUUGUUGAUUUUCAUUAUGGGCUUGUCUUUUGGGAUGUUGAAAUUAUGUUAAUUGGUGGGUUGGGGUUUGAUUUCUUUGAUUUGGUGUUUAAUUGAACCUUCUUGCUAUAGAUCUAUGCUGGGUUUUGUGUCUUUUUGUGGAAAGAUUGAUACUUUGAUGGAGUAUUUGUUUAAUUAGUUGAUUUUUCUGCGUUUCUUAAGCUUUGAAAUGAUAUCCUGAAGAGUUCUUGAUUAUCAAUUUCAUUUAUGUUUCGGUUUUCUUUGAAUUUGACCAAUAAUUAGUGAUUUCCUAUCUAUUGAGUUGUUGAAUGAACAACUCUUUAGAGUUUGGUCAUUUCCUAUGUUUUGAUUUGUUAGAUGAACAACUUUUAGAGGUUUGUUAGGUGAAACUCAGUUUGAAUCUCAUAGCGGUUCUGUAUUUGGAGACAAAGGAGGUUUCAGCUGGAAUUCACUAGUCUUUAGUGAAAUAGGGUUGGUUUCAUUUCGGCAAAGCUGUUGCUAUUAAUUUAUUUUUGAAUUUUUGUGUAGUAAUAAGGGUUUAAAUGGAGCAAUUUGUUAUUCAUGUAUAUGGAUCUCAUAUAUAUCUUUUCAUUUUGGUGCAGUUCAAUAUUAAAAUGAGCCGUGCUCAAGAACCAAACAGGCCAUUCCUUCCAUUUGGAAAUCCUUUCAAGAUGAUGUUACCAAAGGGCUCAUAUCUUUCUCCCAAGCUUAUUGAGCUACUGAACUCUUUUGAGAAAACACUUGCUCAGCGGUUUAGAAAUCUUAAGCCACAGUCCAAGGAGGAUAUAUUAACCCUGGGAUGGAUGAAAUGUGCCAUGGAGUCUCUCUCUGCUAUUCAUACUGACAUAAAGGAACUUAUCACAGGACUUGAACUUCCUGUUGGUGAUUGGGAUGAAAAAUGGGUUGAUGUGUACCUGGAUAACAGUGUGAAGCUACUGGAUCUCUGCAUCGCUUUCAGCUCUGAGAUUUCAAGGGUCAAUCAAGGCCAUCUGUAUCUUAAAUGUGUUGUCCAUCAUUCUGAAUGUGCUUCCUCAAAUAAGUUUGUCCGUGCUUGUUCGUCCUUGGAUGGCUGGAAGCAGCAUAUUAGUUCCAAGAACCCGAGGAUGCAGAGCUGCUUCACCAUAUUGGAGAAUCUUAUUGCGACACUUGACCUUCCUAAGAUCAAGAAUUCUUCUAAAGGAAAGGUUUUGAUGCGAGCCAUGUAUGGAGUCAAGGUUGCUACGGUUUUUGUCUGUAAGGUGUUUGCUGCUGCCUUCUCGGGUUCUGCCGAGAAGUUUCUGGAUUUGCAUGUUCCAGAGACUCUAUUGUGGGCGGAAGCAUUUAAUGAUCUGCAGGCUUUUGUCAAUGGCGAGAUUAGAAGUAAAUACUUCAGUGGGAAGGCCACGGUGUUGAAGGAACUAGAAGCUGUUGAUGCAAGUGUGAAGAAGUUGUACCCCAUUGUACAGGAAGGAGGGGUAGAUGAAGAGUUUAAGAGUUCAAGUUUGGAAUUAGGAAAAAGCGCUGAAAAACUUUCGGAAGGAUUGGAUUCACUUGCGAAGGAAGUGGAUGGUUUCUUCCAGAUAGUCCUAACUGGGCGUGAUGCUUUACUUUGUAACCUUAGAGUUGGUACUAACGUCGCUGACAAGUCACAAGUAGAGAAAAAAAAUGUUGCAGUGAAAUGAACCUUGCUGAAGAUAGGUCCGUCACAAGUAGAGAAAAAAAAUGUUGCAGUGGUAUGAACCUUGCUGAAGAUAGUUUUCCUCUUGUACAAGAAGCGUGAUUUAGUUAUAAUGUUUGUGUUUUAUGGUUGCUAACAUGCUGCAACUUUAUUAUAGACUUUGUGAAAGCUUGUUAUUGUGAGUGCAUGUUGAUGUAUGGCUGUAUACGUGAUUUGUGUAAGAAAACCUAUUUAUAAUGUUAAUAAUAUAUAAGGAAAAGUGUUUCUUAUGUUUGCCAAUUGUUGUUUCUGAAAGCUCUUGUCAUUGUGGCUGUUGCUUAUGCUUCUGACUUCUGACUUCUGGUUGCUGCUCGUGUUUUUGUAUGUAAAGACCUUCCUCCUAAUUUGGUUUCGUUCGAACCAUGUUAAAUACCAUGAACUGUAUUAAAUCUGUCCUUUUCAAAUUUGAUCAGAUCAGUUGGACUGUUAGAGUAUAAUCUUUUGAUUGGAUUUGGUACCAGUUUUUGUUGCCUGGAUAUCCACAUCUAGACACUGAAGGGAAAUGAUGAUAUGCUUUAGUGCAACACUGUAAUUGUGAUCUCUGUGUUAUUUUCCCUUUCAAUCAGAUAUGGAGGAUUUACAUUGAAGACUUUGUCAAUUGUAAAUGGCCAGAGUUUUGAUUGUAGGAUUCUUGGCAAGCAGGUACCUGGACACUGGAAUCUUCCAUGUAAAUACUAGCUGGAAAACAGUCAUCAAGUUGGUGCUAUCAAAAUGACACUAUUUUAACAGGAGAAAGAAGUAAAGAGGGUUUUGUUGGGAUGGAAAAACAAAAACCUCGAAGGACUCCAACUUUGACCGCAUGUUUUCUCUUGCAUACGAUGUCAAGAAUACGCUCAGCAGCCAUACAAAACUGAAAGUUGGACGUUAGGGGAAAAGUAUUUUAAGACUAGAAAAUACAUUAAUUUAGAACUGAUAUUUAUAGUACGUACUUUUUAAGAGAAUACUUGGUCACAACGGCUUUCAAUGAUAUCUUUUCUGCCCAACUUUGUUGUUGAAUAAACACGUUAUUUGAUGAAUAUAAUCAAAUAUUUUAUUAAUUUCUGUCCCAAAAAAAAAAGUUUUAUUAUUAUUUACUCCC